UCCUGUUUUUGCUCCAGCAAAAGAACAGAAACAACCAUGCAAGGUCCUAAAACCAGCACCAGGUCCUUCAAGCAGGCAUUCCUCAAGAACCUCCUCCUCAGCCUCCAGCUACAGGCACACCCGAACACGUCCUUUGGCGGCACCACUAGCCUCCACGAGAGGAAGCGCGCCGUCAAGUCCUCCGUGGUCGUCGCUAUGGCGACUGCACACGGUGGUGGAGCGAGGUGGCCCAAGGCCAUCUUGGCUCCGGCGUCCAGAGCGUGCAUGGUACAGAGGUGCCGGAGGAUUGUGAGGAGGUGCUGCGGCUGCAAGAGGAGCUACAUUGCGGGGAAGCUCCUGAGGAGGAGGACCAUGGCGCUGAGGGAUGUGAUACCGGGAGGCCGGGACGCCACAGUCGACGAGGUCACCCUUCUCCGUGAGGCCAUGGACUACGCCGUUCACCUGCGUGCUCAGGUCGACGUGCUCCGCCGGCUCUCCGAAGCCGUGAAAAGAUCCAGCUACAUGGCUCGGCUGUGAUUCCUGAUCUUUGUGUGCACUUGGAGAAAAAGAGGCAUUAUUUAGUAUGAGGUGGUGGCGUGCCGGUACCUUUGCAAAAAUAAAGACAUUGUCUCCAAGAUGAUUGAUGAUCAGGGAAUGGUGAAGAAUAUAUAUCAGGAUUUUCUCUUGUUCUUUUGGGAGGAGGCGCCACUUUUGUAGUGGCACACACUCUCUAGGCAGCGUGACACGGAUCGGCUAAGCGGAGUGAUAAAUCUUAUAGUAGCAGGCCGUCAACUUGCUUCGCCUCUUAGCCGUUGAUUGAAUGGCUCCGACGAGCCUUGUAUCCCCUUUUCUUAUUUUCUUUUUCGGGUUGCAUGAAAUAACUCCACCGAGCAGACCUUUUUAUCUUCUUCUCUGCAUUUGACUUUUUGUUUAGAAGCGGUGCUUUAUUUAUAAAGUGGGGGAAAAUC